AUGCUGCGGUUCGUGUCUGGCAGGGCUUCUCUUGCGCACGCCGCAGUGGCCUGUCGCUAUGUGGCCGCUGCGGGGUUUCAGGGUUUACCGAAGUUUGAGAUCCACGACGUCCGCGAUGAUCCUGCACUGGGAACCAUGACGCGUGUGGCGGUUGACGGCAAGUUGCUGCUGAUCUCUCAGUAUCCACAGCUUGGGCCGCGCAAAGUGGACCCGAACGACUUGAGCCCGCAGUUUGACGCGGACCGCCGCAUCUCGGUGAGGCUGCGUCACAUUGACCUCGCGGCAUUGGUAUGCGUUUGCCGGAGCCGCGUGCCCAAGCACGAAAUGACGAACAGGUCCUACUCUCUGGUCUUUGAAAAGUCGGUGGACGGCUACCACCUGUACGGCAAGAUUCAUCGGGUGGCAUCGCAGAAGAUGGAGGAUUGGUCGGUAAGCUUUGACAAGCACUUUGCCGUGACGCUGGAGCACUUCUUGGAGAGCGCCCUCACGGAGAGCUUUGGAUUUCGCCAGCACUACGCUGCGCGGCCCCCUGAGGGUGGCGCACGUGACGCCAACGGCGCCGUAGCAGGUGCCGGCGGCGGACAGCAACGGCGGAGGAACGCGGACGCGACGCAACGUCGUUGA